CGGUAUUAAAGCCGCUCGCAGCGCGGCGUCGCUCUGGAGUGCGCGUGCAGGGACGCGAGAUGAAGCGCUUAACUUGGUUUGCUCUGGCUUUCACCUUAAUCGCGACAGGUUUCGCCGCGAAAACCCCGUAUCAAGCGGUUCUUCAGCACAGCAGGAUAAGAGGAAGAUCUCAUGGCCCCAAUGUUUGUGCUAUGCAGAAUAUACAAGGAUCGGAUAAGAAGUACUUCACCAACUGCAAGCAAUGGUAUCACCGCAAAAUAUGUGGCAAACCAACGGUGGUGACCUAUGAGUGCUGUCCUGGUUAUGAGAAGGUGACUGGAGAAAAAGGCUGUCCAGCAGCUCUACCUCUGGUGAACAUCUAUAAAACCCUGGGUGUGAUUGGAGCCACUACUACCAAGAUGUACUCUGAAAGAGCGAAUUUGCAGGAGGAGAUCGAAGGUCCCGGCAGCUUCACAUUCUUUGCUCCAAGCAAUGAGGCUUGGGCUGCACUUCCCACUGAAAUUCUGGAUGCCCUGGUGAGCAACGUCAACAUUGAACUCCUCAACGCUCUGCACUACCACAUGAUCAACAAACGCUUGACUUCUGACGAUCUUAAGCAUGGCGCUUCGUUCCCGUCCAUGUAUCAGGACCUUAAUGUUCACAUCCAGCAUUAUUCUAAUGGAGUUGUUACAGUGAACUGUGCAAGACUUGUGAAGACAGACCAGCAUGCCACCAAUGGAAUUGUGCAUGUUGUUGACAGAGUCAUCACAGCCAUUACCAAUAAUGUCAACUCUUUGAUUGACACCGAUGAUGACCUGGACACUCUACGGACUGCAGUUGCUGCUGCUGGUCUCACCAGUCUUUUGGAGAAUGAGGGUUCCUACACCAUCUUUGCUCCAACCAAUGAAGCCUUUGAGAAGAUUCCUCCAGAAACGCUUACCAGAAUUUUGGGAGACCCGCUUGCUCUUAAAGAUCUGCUGAAUUACCACAUUCUGAAGAGCUUGCACUGCUCUGAGUCCAUUGUGGCUGGAACACCUAUGGAGACCCUGCAGGGCACCGUGCUGGAAGUCGGCUGCGAUGGUGAAGAGAUGACCAUCAACGGCAAAGCCAUCGUCACGCAGAGAGACAAGCUUGGAACCAAUGGAGUCAUUCACUACAUCAAUGAACUCCUCAUACCUGACUCAGCCAAGACCCUCAUGGAGCUUGCAGAGGGAUCAGUUGUUACUACAGCCUCCAAGCUUUUUAAAGAUGCCGGUCUUACUGAUCAUCUCAUUGGCUCUGAGGCUGUGACUUUAUUAGCUCCGCUGAACGAUGCUUUUAAAGACAAGAGUUUGGCCAUGACGCCCGACAUGAAGAAACUGCUGAGAAACCACAUUCUCAAGGAGAGGUUUUCCUCCAAGAACCUUUACCAUGGGCAAGAGCUGGAGACCCUUGGUGGAGUAAAACUCAGAGUGUUUGUGUUCAGAAAUAGCCUCUGCAUUGAGAACGCCUGCAUUGCUGCAGACGACAAAAAUGGCCGCUUUGCAAAUAUGUUCAUCAUUAACAAGCUCUUGACACCCCCCAUGGGAACUGUCAUGGACGUCCUGAAGGCAGAUGAUCGUUUCAGCACUUUGGUUGGCAUCAUUCAGAGAGCAGGCCUGACCGAGCUCCUGAACAAAAAAGGGACCUACACCUUCUUCGCCCCCACCAAUGCUGCCUUCAGUGCAAUGCCCCCCGCCGACCUCAGCAAACUCAUGAGAAACCCCAAGGAGCUGGCAAACCUUCUCAAAUACCACAUUGGUGAAGAGUUCCUGGUCAGCGGCGCUGUGACCUCACAUACCAGAGUGACACCCCUGACAGGAGAUAAACUGGAGUUAGGCACUCGUAACACCACUGUAUACGUGAACAGGGUGCCUGUUGUCGAGGCUGAUCUGAUGGCUACCAAUGGAGUUGUACAUGCUGUUGAUGUAAUCGUAAAACCACUGCCUCCUAAAAUUGUGAGUGAUCAGGCUGAAGGCUCAACAAUCAGACGCACCUCUGCUGUGUGGGCUGGGUCUCAAGUAAUGAAAAAUGAUGAACUCUUCCAGAAGGUCCUGAGAAGUCAUAGCAGCAGAAAAAUGUCUCGUGUCCAGUAAACAUAGCUCUACAAAGUAAAACUGUAGUUCAUUUUAACCUCCACCACUGCAAAAGGAUGGAAACACACAGUUCAAUAUCUUGUAUUGUGCAGUGGAGAGAUAAUUAAAGGCUAAGAAAAUCCAGGCAACAAAAUACAUAAUGCUGAAAAUGGAAAACAGUUCAGCAUUGCAAGAUUGUGACUUUUUUUCAUGUGCCAAAGGCCCUUGGAUGAAGAGCGGUGAUUUCCAAAUAUCACAAAUUGAUGACAGCAAAGUUAUGGCGCUUCAUAUGUUUUGGAUAUUCAUUCGACUUCUGUUGUGGAAUUUCAGUCUGAAUUGUUUGAAUCAAAUGUUGGUUCAACACAUUUUUUGUAUUUCUUUUUAUUGUUUUUGUAAUGAUUUGGUUGUUGCAUUUGAUAUACCUGUAGCAUGUUUGCAUGGUUUAAGCUGGAACAAAUACUAUUUGGGCACAUAAAAAAAAAAAAAAAAUCAUUUCCCAUGGUCUAUAAUGUAAACUAGUUUUUAUAAUGUAAAAAAUAUGCAGAUUAUUUGUUAUAUUACACCAAAGAUGUUUUUUUGAAGAACCAAAGAUCACUGUCUGCAUAUUUUAAAAUAAAAUGACCGUUUUGUAGCCACAGAGUUACAGUUUACAUAUAACUAGCCAUAAGUGCCCUUGAAUGUAGUUUGCUCUGUCUGUUACAAGCCAGUUUGUCAGUUCACUGAGCUGAAUUCACAAUGUGGUGGAUUGUCAUAAUGUGGUGAUUAAUGUGUGGUUAUUAAAAGUCUCACUCAGAUGAUAA